AUGAACAACUAUUAUGACAAGAUUCCAGAGAUCUACCACUUCCCUAUUCUCGUUAUUUUGUUUGGGGCGUUUGCAAUUUUGCUCUCUGCUAUUUUCAUGGAAACACCAAAAAGCAAUCCCAUCGAUCAGGAAGAGCUCCCUUCAUUCAUCGCUUCAGAAACAAGCAAUAAUUAUGUAGAAGACAAAUGUCCGAAUUAUAGCGAUCUUAGCAUAUGCGUUCCCCCUCCAAAAUACAGCGAGGUUGUUUGA